CGGGCAUCGAAGUAGCCGGGAGUCUCUCCUGUAGUCUCCUCUCUGCUCUUCCCCCCCUACUUUCUGCCUGGAGGGAGAGCGGAAGGGGAGUAGCGUGCGCUCUGUGUGCACAUUUGGCCUCCCGACACAGGGAGCCCAUCGCACGCGCGAGCGGGUUGGCGCCUUGUCCAGAGGCGGCGUGUUCGGCCAGAUGGUGAUGCUGGGCGUGGCGGAAGUCAACCUAGUCACGGUCGAAGCCGAGACGCUCAGCACGAUGUGGGAAGUCCCAGGUAAGAGUGCCGUGCCAUUGGUCGCGCGCUUCAGAGGUGCACGAGAGCAUUUCAGGGGGCUGGUGAUGGAUCACUUGGCAAGCACCGCAGUGCCUCGCAUGUCGUCGUUGCCUGUUUUCUGCAAGCUCAGCCACACUAUUCGGGAGGAGCUGGGCACGUUGUGCACGCAGCACGUUUAUUUCCCAGGCCAGGCCAUCGCGGAGGAAGGCCAGUCCGGCUCCGGCUGCAUGCACGUCAUGAACGCCGGCAGGGCGGAGGUGACCAAGAAGGGCGUCAACAUCAAGACGUGCUUGCCUGGCAGCUUCUUCGGUAGUGCCGUCAUGCUGCGCGUCGGCGAGGGCGUGUACGCUGGCACCCUGACGGCGAGGUCGACGUGCCACGUGCUGAGCCUGUCCGCGGAUGCGUUCCAGCAGGCGCUGGCGCGGCAGCACCCGCCGGAGGCGGGCGAGCAGCAGCUGCGGGCGCAGGCGAAGCGCCGGGAGCACGACCUGCUGCGCGCGGCGCAGAUGCUGGUCUGGAGGGUGACGAGCAUGGCCUCCGGCGACGUGGUCACCAGCUGCGCGAAGGAGGCCAGCUUCUCCACGAUCGCCCGGCAGGCCGCCCGGGAGGCGAUGUUCCGCCAGCUGUUCGGCGCCUGGCGGGCGCACGCGGGCGGGUGCGCCUCCGCCCGCGCGCAGGCCGCGGCGCGGCGCGCCGAGGUGGACCGCAGCAUCGAGCGCUGGCGGAGGGACCGGGACGCGGCCGUGUGGAAGGCGGAGCUCCAGAGGAGCCGGCGCCGCGGGGAGCUCGCCGCUGGAUGCCUGUCGGCGAGGGCAACCGCACGCGGGGGGUUCGGGGCGCCGCCCCAGCGGCCCGGCGGGCGGCCCCUCUUGCAGUGGUCGCCCGCGGCCACGGCGGCCACCGCCAGGGGCUGGAGGCCAGGGCCAAGGCCCGAGGAGGCCGGCGCGGCCGCGGCGGCGUGGGCGCCAAAGGCGCCGUCGCCGCAGGCGGACGCGGGAGGGCUGCUGCAGGCGUGGCCCGCGCCCAGACCCUCACCGCACUACACCCUGCGCCUGCCCGGCAUGCUGACUAGGCUGGAGGAUCGGAUGCCGCUGAUGCUGGCGGCCGCCCAGGCACAGCAGCGGCCGUCGAAGGGCGAGCCUGGCGCGCUCUCUGCGGACCAGCUGUCCCCCAGAGGCUCGGCCCAGCAGUCGCCCAGCGCGCCCCUGCCGCCGCUGCGGCCGCCGGGCCCGGGCGCCGCGGCGCGGACGCCCACUUCGGCCCGGGAGUGGCGCGCCGGGCAGCCGGCCGCGGGGCGCUGACGCCCGCGGGGGGCGCGACUUUGGCCGCGCGGCGCAGCGACCGACGCCGGCGCGGCGCGGGCGGGCGGGGGCUGGGCUGAAUCGGAGGAGGAAGAAGCAUUUGGGGUUGAGGAGAACUGAGGAUGGGGAGGCCCUCCUCCUCGGAAGGGCCCAGUGACCGCCCUAAGGUCCAGGUGUGAUUGUCGCUAUUUUUGUCGCUGCCCGCUGUUUUGGAGGCGUCGGGCAGCAUCGAGCUGCGUGAGCUGGCGGAGGUGCUGGCGAAAUAGAUCCACUGUCUGUGCCCAAAAUGGGCCGGAUGAUUCCUGUGGCCUGAGCGUGGCAGAGCGAUCA